CCAUGGCUCCCCGUUGUCUCUAAACAAAAACAAGGUUGAACAGCAUCCAGAUAUCCUGCUGUGGCCUUAUUCCAGAGUCAUGCCAAGAACAAGUGAACGUUUGAUAAGAAAUGGGUACUAUGACAUGUAUGGACAACCACUUAUUUCAUACAGAGAUAUGCCAAACAGAAGGAGGCGCAUAACAGGUCGCCCUGUACAUGGGGAGGUAACAUUUAGAGAGAGGUUUCAUAGCCUUGAGGACAAUAUGACUGUCCAAGAAAACCAGACCAUGGACACUCUGAUACGGGAUUGUUAUAACAUCUUUGUCUUUGUCUUUGUCAUCUUCGUCGUCUUUGCUUGUAUUUGCCGAAUUAUUUCCCUGCACUCGCGAUCUUCAGAAUUAUAUGUCACACCAACUCUAACAGACAUGGUUACAAUCUCUGGAGGUGAGGAUCAGGAAUAUCUCUCCAGGCUGCAGUCGUUGGAGGCAAAGCUUGAGUACCUUCUACCACAAGCAGAUCUGUGGCCCAACUUUGCUCUGGGGUCUCAAGGAGCAACGAUUUUACACAAGAUGACCUCAAAAACAUAUCAGAGCAUUAAAGGAUGUAGAUGGUUUGGGAAGCUACCUCCUAUAGGCCCAAACAUUGUUAUUCAGGGAGGAACUGAUCUGAUUCCAGGACAAUGCUGGGCCUUUGAAGGCUUCCCGGGACGUUUAUCCGUCGAACUGUCAAACAAAGUCACAGUCACUCAUGUGUCGUUGGGUCAUAUUUCCAAGAUUGUUUCCCCAACUGCGUCAGUCUCCAGUGCUCCUAGAGAAUUUUCUGUCUAUGGAAAGAAGAAUUUAGAAGAUGAGGAGAGUCAUUUGGGAACUUUUCUAUAUGAUGAAGAUGGAGACCGAAUACAGACCUUCAGACUUCCCGUAAAUAUGUCAAAUUAAUGUUUUAUUAACUAAAUACAGUUCUCACAAAAGCCCAGAGUGACUGACCCUGUUAUAAAUAUUGAUCAUCUUUCCUAACAUACAACCAUAAGGUUCUUCACUGGGUGUUACUAGCAUUCAAUUAAAAAAAAAAAAAAAACUUUAAAUAAAAUGGCAGAUACCGUAUUAUUGUUCCAUUUAAAAUGCUCCAAUGAAAAUUUCUAUUUAAAUCAUAAAAAUUGUGUUA